CUCCCGUUCCCUCCCCUCCCCCCCCGCGACCCCCGAUUUCUGGCCGGAGCCCUGCCUGGUGGGGGACGGAUUGGAUCUCCCGAGUUGGACAUGCCAGUCCCGACGGAGGGGGUCACCCCACCCCUGAACGCCACCCCAGUUCCCGUCCCGGUGUAUUUUCGCCACGCGGAUCCCGGCUUCUCCCUGAAGCAGCCGGGGAGGCUGAGCCGCAGCCUCCCGCCUCGGCCCCCGACCAAAGGCGGCGGCCCCGUCAGCCGCCUCUUCCCUUGGCGCGCGCCGUGCUGGAGUCAGCCCCGGCCCCGGAGGGUGUCCUUCCGCGGGGGGGCCUCGGAGGAACUGGAAGGUCGCGACUACGAUCCCAGUCGGCCCGAAUCCUUCUUCCAGCAGAGCUUUCAGCGGCUCGGGCGGCUGGGGCGCGGUUCCUUUGGGGAGGUCUUCAAGGUCCGCUCAAAGGAAGACGGUCGCCUGUACGCCGUGAAGCGCUCGGUGUCCCCGUUCCGGGGUCCCCAGGACCGGGUUCGCAAGCUGGCCGAAGUCGGGGGCCACGAGAAAGUGGGGCGGCACCCCCGCUGCGUGCACCUGGAGAGGGCCUGGGAAGAGAGCGGGCUCCUGUACCUGCAGACGGAGCUGUGCGGGCCCAGCCUGCAGCAACACUGCGAGACCCGGGGGACGGGCCUGCCCGAGGCCCGGGUCUGGGGCUACCUGCGGGACGCGCUGCUGGCCCUGGCCCACCUGCACGGCCGAGGGCUGGCCCACCUGGACGUCAAGCCGGCCAACAUAUUCCUGGGACCCGGGGGCCGCUGCAAGCUGGGGGACUUCGGGCUGCUGGUGGAGCUGGGGGCGGCCGGGGCCGGCGAGGCCCAGGAGGGCGACCCCCGCUACAUGGCCCCCGAGCUACUGCACGGACGCUACGGGACCGCGGCCGACGUGUUCAGCCUGGGCCUCACCAUCUUGGAAGUGGCCUGCAACAUGGAGCUGCCCCGGGGCGGAGAGGGCUGGCAGCAGCUACGCCGGGGCUACUUGCCCCCCGAGUUCACCGCAGGCCUGUCCCACGAGCUGCGCUCCAUCCUCACCAUGAUGCUGGAACCUGACCCGGAACGACGAGCCACAGCUGAGACCCUGCUGGCCUUCGGAGCCAUCAGGAAGCUGGGGCGCUGGGGGAGCCUGGGGACGGUGGCCAGUGAAGCCUUGAGCCAAGGUUGGGCCCUGUGCCAGGGCCUGCUGUCCCUCCUGUGCUGGCUAUGGCGCUAUCUGGCCCACCCAGCCAACUGGCUCCGUCCCCCGUGGCCCCCGACCACACCCCCCGGCUCCCCGCUUCCUAGCCUCCUCCUGGACGGCAGCAUCUCCAGCGACUGGGAUGAAGACUGUGUGGGGGCCGGCCUGCUCCCGUUCCACUCAGCUCCUUCCUUCUUCCUCAGCCCCCGGCUGUCUCCGGUGACGAUUCUGGCCCGAUCCCCGGGUGGCACCUCCACCCCCCGCCACAGCUCCCCAGAAGUCAAGGAUGGACGGAGGGUGAGGGAACCUCUGGACCUAAGUGGAAUCAGCCCAGACCUGCCCCCAGGCUCCAUACCCUCUUUUGAGCCCCGCAAUCUCCUCAGCCUCUUCGAGGAUUCGCUUGACCCCAACUGAGUGCCUU